UAGAAAUGUUAAGAUAUCUUUUGGAUGUUUUGAUAUCAACUUUCUCUGGAAUUUUAACAAAAUAAAAGUGAAAUACCGUUGAAAGAUUGGAGUGCUUAAGGUAUGAGUUAUUAUUGAAUCCUUAAGCUCUGAAUUUAACUAAAUUUACUGUGUUUCAGGUGCGAGAAAGGUGAUUUCUUAGUUAAAUUGCAAUGUCUCUCUCGGAGGUUGAAAGUCUAAAAGAACAACUAAAAGUUGCAAGAAAGGAAAUAAAGAAUUUGAGGAAACAGAUCACUACCCUGAAUUACACGCAGAAGAAGGAAAUUGAAUCUGUUAGGAAAAUUUUGGAUGAUUUUAAAUGUCAGAAUUGUAGAAAUAUUGUCCAAAAUAAUUCCAUUCCACCUGAUUUGGCAACUAAAACGGCGGAGAUUAAAUUUUCGCCAAUUGGCACAAUUAAGACACCCUUCCCCGAGAAGAGAGGAGUUCCUCGCCAAGCGAGUAUUUCUACACAAAUUGAAGGUAUUAUCGAUCUCAACUACGAUACCUUUAACAACCCAGAGCACUCGCUGGAGGGCCUUGAGGAUUUCUCCCAUAUCUGGGUGAUUUACUACUUUCACAAGAAUCAAUGCCAUGCUAAAGCCAAAAUUACCCCACCGAGAUUGGACGGGAGGAUUGGUGUAUUUAGUUCCCGGUCUCCCCAUCGACCAUGUCCACUGGGACUGUCGCUUGUGGAGAUUAUUAAAAUCGAGGGCUCCAAGAUUUAUUUUAAGGGUAUCGAUAUGGUGGAUGGAAGUCCAGUGUUCGAUAUAAAACCCUAUGUUCCUCAGUACGAUACCCCAUCCAAAGAAAUUUCGCAUCCCGAAUACUUUGACCUGGAAUUUAUUAAUGCCAGAGAAGCCCCUGAUGGCCAGGAAACAACAUCUGAUUGUGUCAUGGCAUCGACAUCGCAGGCAUUUAGUAGUAAACCAAUGGUACGAGUUCCCAAUUGGGUAUCCAAUGCAAAUACAUUGGCUGUCAUAUUCAGUUCCAAAGCCAUUGAACAGAUGACCGAACUGAAAAUUGAAUUUGAAUCCGUGAAGCAGCUCAUUGAAAAUGAUCCACGUUCAGCAUAUUUGAGGACAAAGCAUAAAUCACAAAUAUUCUCAUUCCAAUUUUCCGAAGCUACAAUUACAGCAAAAUUUGAUGAUUCCAACAAUUCUGUAACUGUUGUACAAGUGAGAAAAACACAAUCAACGCUAUAAUUAAAUGCCAAUAAAUUUUUCUUUUAGCUGCAA